AUGAAGUCGCCUAUCCUCCUCAUCGCACUCAGCGCCUUGUCUGGCCUCGUCGCGGCCACCAACUCGACCGGCUCGCUCUUCACCUUGGGGGCCCUGGACUCCUCCGACAGCUCACCGACUCCCAACAUUGGUUUUUUCAACAAGCGGUCGUCUCGCGAGCACCCCGAGAUCAGUAAGCGGCAGGCCGUCCCGGGCAAGAAGGCACCUCGGUACGGUACGGUAGUCGCCAAGUCUCCGUUCAAGCUCGUUGGGCGGGAUGCUCUCAACUCUCCCAGCGUACCGACACAAGCCAGACUAACUGUCUCUUCCUCCAGCGGCACCUUACUCGGCUAUGUCACUCCCUCCACCACCUUCCCUGGCGACUUCACCUACGUCAAUGACUUGACCAAGGCCACCGCAUUCUCCUUGACGCUCGCGACCAAUGACGUCCAGAACCUGCCUAUCGUCAACCCUCCUUCUGGCGUCUAUCCCUACCUCGCCGGAGUCGCUGGCGGAUCCAACACCGGAUCCAACUCCCCUCCUUACAUCCCCAGCACCGACUUUGGAGGCGAUGGCAGCGCUAAUGGUCAAAACUAUGCCUACUUGAGCAGUGCUCAGAAUGUACCCUACGGUCCGGCCCAGCAGGUCCCGAACGGCGACAAUUCGACCCCUUAUGCCGAGACGGGCAUGUUCCAGCUCUCCGGCACCGGUCUUCAGCAGCUCGUUCCUGUUUGGGUCAACAACGACAAGUCGGUCGUCCCGAACCAGCAGUUUGGUUUGGACUCGAGUAACAGUCUGAUCAUGUACGGCUCCCAGACUGCGGUCAACAAUGCCUAUGGUACUAUCACCCCUGUCACCAUUGGCUAUGUCGUCUAA